ACUCCCUCCGGGAAGCGGGGAGAGAGAGGGACCCCCUUAACACGCGCCUCCUCCUCGCAAAGAACUCACAGGCGGCGGGGUAGGGAAUUGGCAAUGCCUUGACAUCACGUGUUAUUCCACUCGUGUUAUUCCACCCCCCUCCCCACACACACACACACACAAGAUACUGAUUAUCCACGGUGACAUCGCGACGUGCAGACGCUCAAGAUAAGGCAUCAGGUUGGCACUAGGACGCGACAGGAGGAACGUUCGGCAGGUGUCUCGGCAAUGGCACGGCUCGAGAGUGUCGUUCUUGCGGUCAUUGUGGCAGUUGUUGUGGGUCGAGGUCAAGCUGAUGGAGGAUGCAAAAGUCGUGACUUUGGCCAUGGGAGUGUUGUGUGCGUUUGCGACUUGUCACACUGCGACCAACUAGCCCCAAUUAAGCCAGAAAAACCAGGGGAAGCGUUAAUAGUUACAUCGAGCAAGGCAGGUGCAAGAUGGAAGAUGGAAUACAGAACAUUUUUUGACUUCAGCAAUGAGAUAACUCAGUCUGGUCCUGCUCUCGAACUUGAAGUUAACGGUAACGAGUUUUACCAAGAAAUCAUUGGCUUUGGAGGUGCGUUCACUGAUGCUGCUGGUCUCAACAUCCUCUCUCUCCCAGACUCCUUGCAAGAUGAGGUCCUCAGAGCAUAUUACUCUGAUACUGGCCUUGAGUACUCCAUGGGACGGGUUCCGAUUGGCGGAACAGAUUUCAGCACUCAUCCAUAUACUUAUGAUGACCUAAAACCUGGGGAAAGAGACCCAACUUUGGCAAAGUUUGCAUUAGCUCCUGAGGACCUGGAGUAUAAGAUACCACUAAUUAAAAGGGCAGCAAAGAUCUCAAAGAAGCCAAUCAAGCUGUUUGGCUCGGCCUGGGGAGCUCCAGCUUGGAUGAAAAACAAUGGCAAGAUUUGGGGUAAAGGGAAGCUGAAUAUCAGUGAAUAUGCAACAUGGGCUGAUUACCAUGUGAAAUUUCUGGAGAGUUAUGCAAAACACAACAUCAGUUUUUGGGGUUUGACUACUCAGAAUGAACCAACUGAUGGCCUUGUCAAGAAUUUCCAGUUCAAUGCUAUUGGUUGGACCCCACAGGAGCAGGCAGAAUGGAUAGGAAAACAUCUUGGACCUUCCCUGAAGAACCAUAGUUUAUCCUUUGUCAAGAUCAUGAUAAUGGAUGACAACCGACUGCUCUUACCCAAGUGGGUAGAGGAUGUAAUGGCUGAUAAGGAGGCACAGUCCUAUGUCUCUGGUGUUGGUAUUCAUUGGUACUUGGACUUUGUAACUCCAGCCUUAGCCCUUGAUCUCACGCAUGAACGAUUCCCUGACUUGUUUAUGCUCUAUACUGAGGCUUGUACAGGUCAGUGGCCAUGGCAACCACUUAAAGUUGUCUUAGGGUCGUGGGUGCGGGCAGAGGACUAUGCAUCGGACAUCAUUGAGAAUCUCCAACAUUGGGUAUCAGGCUGGACAGAUUGGAACUUGGCACUGGAUGUCAAGGGAGGACCUAACUGGGUGAAAAAUAAUGUUGACUCGCCCAUUAUUGUCAAUGCUCCCCACAAGGAAUUCUACAAACAACCAAUGUACUACGCUCUGGCCCAUUUCACCAAGGCUUUACCAGAAGGAAGCCGUCGAAUCGACCUCAGUGCCACAAUGCUCACUGACUCUGUGUCCCUUCCUGUGUAUCGUGUGGCCUUUGCUCAGCCGGACAACACCAUAGUGCUUUUUAUCGUUAAUCGAUAUCACAGUGAGGUCCAAAUGAGGAUUAAAGACAAGAUGCUGGGGCAGUUCAACAUGUUUGUGGAUGCACACACUAUCAUGACAAUUGCUUGGAGGAACUAGCUAUUCAUGGCACUUAAGACAUGUUUAUGUAUUUUUCCUCUGUGUUAAUGAGGUUUUAAGAAAAUAUCAAAGUGAGUUAUCAUCCUACUGGUGCUGAAAAUUAAGCAUAGAUAUGUGAUUAACCUGUUGGAUGUGGGUGCCUCAUGGCAUGCACGUGGCCCAAAAUCCAGGCAUUAGGCUUACUUGAGUGGCGACUCUCCUGGGUUGUUGACUCAUGCUCAGUAUCAUGACUCCGUGCCUGCAUUUUGCAGUGAUAUUAGGCCAUUUUCUGCUCAUGCAUUUUUGCUGUUUUGCCAUUUUCUGAGGUCUAUAUUUGUCAUUUGUUAUGCUGUAUCAUGAUGAUAAUAGACUGUUUUCAAUAAUCAGACUCUAUAUUGUCUAUCCAGGUACUGUUCACUCUGUGCAGUAACAGCAACAAUAAGUAGCAUGGUGUUAUAUUUUAUAUUUUAGCAUUAUUAAAAUGUCCAUAAUGCACCCUACUCCACUGUAAUAUUAGGAAGGAAUAGAUUCCUCUCCCAGGCAUAGUUGAUGGCUGUAAACUUCAUCCUCUCGGACUGGAGGAAAUCCUGCAGGAGAUCGCAAGCAAGCUCCUGCACUCCAUUUGCUUUGUGUGCUCAUGAUGACAGUUCCCCGUCCCCUAACACAGGCAACAAAUUAACUUGAUGAAAUGUUCCUGUCGCCUGCCCUUGGCCUGAUUUUUUUUCCAUUACAAGACAUUCUGGUCACAUGACCCUUGCCCAGACUUUUUCAUGAAAAGAUUUGCACAUUAUCCAGAUCCAACUGGUGAAGUGACAAAUCUUUGUUGUGAUGUGUGAAAAAGUUUGCCUUAGUUUACAAUUCUGGGAUUGGUGUCUGAAGUGUAAUCGGUCUUUCAUGUGGAAGAAAGGUAUCUAAGAUUGCCUUCCCUUUCUUCACAUUAUCCUGUGAUAGGAAGAUUAGCAACAUUCCUGUUUUUUUUUUCUCCUUCAGCUGUGCAAUUUCCUUCUUAUCCCUUUUCUUCAUCAUCUCUUCUUUUUCUUUUGAUUUUUUCUUCUUUUAUUUUCUUUUAUUAUUUUUCUUCUUCCUCCUGUUCUUCUUCAUCUUCUUCCUCCUGUUCUUCUUCUUCUUCUUCUUCUUCUUCUUCUUCUUCUUCUUCUUCUUCUUCUUCUCGUCUCCUCCUCCUCCUCCUCCUCCUCCUCCUCCUCUUCCUUUUCCUCUAAUUCUCCUGCUCCUCUUUCCCCUCCUCCACUAACUCUCCUCCUUUAAUUCUUCUCCUCCUUUAAUUCUUCUUCUCUUCUAAUCCUCCUCCUCCUCCUCUCCUCCAAUCCUUCAUUGCCAUCCAUGACAGUGUUAGAUUACUUAUGAUAUACAUUGGUUGUAUUAUACUUAUAGAAAAAUGAACUUGAACACAGUAUAAGAAAAGAGCUUUGCUUCUGUUGUAAAAUUUCAGUUUCCUUUAGUAUUUAGCUAAUUUUCUUUACCAUUAAAAGGUCAACCAAUACAUUUAUUUUAAUGCUAAGAGUGCUAUCUAUGGUAACUCGUUUGCUCUGUAGUUAUAUUGUUCAACUUCCCACUACAGCAGUUAUACUCUUAGGAGUUCUUGGUGUCUACUACAUGUUCCUACCAGUAGAAUACCAAGGAAGCCUAUCACCCUUACUUUAAAUUGCUAGACCAUAAUGCAUUUUAAAUACAGAAGCAAGUAACUUUGUGUAUAAUUAAGUGUAAACCAAAUAUACAUUUGAUAACACUGAUUCAGUGUGAUAGAUUAUAUUUUUUGUGCUGUGGUAUGUAAUUUGGAAUAAAAAAAAUGUAUG